CUGUCAACAACCACUGAGUUCCAGGCCACAUUUGCCAGUAUGGAAACCAACGCAGAAAUAUCAGACGAUGUGCUCAUACAACAAACAUUUUCCGAGUCGGACUUCAGACAGCUCGUCCACGAUUCUAUGAAACCCACCUACCGUUCACAUGACGCUCACAACGAAAUCCAUCUCCCUGUUCUCAACCAAACGCCUGCUCUCUCUUUCACCACUGUCUUGAUCGGCGACUCCAUGAUCGAACGCCUACAGACUACUGGCUCGAGUACUCGCAUCGCUCAACUUCCCUCCUCCUUCAAUGCAGGUGUUGGCGGUGAUCGAAUCGAGAACGUCCUCUAUAGACUUGACCUUGGUUUAUUUACAUCCCUCAAAAACCGUGGAAUCAAACUAUGGGUCUUGAUGAUAGGGACGAACCAUAUCGCGCAAAAGAAGGGGCUGAAGAAGAAGGAGCUAGACGCAUAUAAAGUGUUGGUCCAGGCAUUGUUACGAAUUGCACCUCAGAGUCGGAUCCUUGCGUGUGGGCUCUUUCAAAGGAGAGAUGUAGAUGAUGGGAAUAUGGAGCGGGCGAAUCUAACGUUGAAAGAGGUAGUGGGAGAGAUAAACAAGCAGCUUGGUGGAGAAAAAGUGUUUUGGGUCGACGCACCGGGAGGAGUGAAGGGGCACCUAGUAGAUCAUGUACACCUUAACGAAGAAGGAUACCGAAUCUGGGAUGAGGUAUUAUAUCCGACGAUUAUGGGUUUAUCGUCGUAAUUUGAAAGGAGAAAAGCAUUGCAACUUAAACAUCAUCAAAGCUUUACAAUUUUCUUCAUCCCUCAUGUUGUCAUGGAACUGUAUGCUACCCGUGGAAUGAAGGCUUCGAUGCCUAGUCGUGAUUGUUGAGCCAUUUACUUGGAGAUCACAUGAUAC